AUGGCCCCCCUGCUGACGGAAGAGGAGAGCGCCAUAGACCCCUACGCCGUUCUCGGGCUGGACGUCGACGCGACCGCCAAGGAUAUACAAAAGGCGUAUCGAAAGAAGUCUCUGCUAUACCAUCCAGACAAGAAUCCGGCCCCGGAAGCGAUUGCCAUUUUCCGUCAGGUGUCAUUGGCUGUGGGGAUACUGAAAGAUCAAAAUAAGAAGAGUUAUUUGGACACGAGACUGGAGGAUGACAGAAAGAAGAAAGCGAGAUAUGCUGAAAUGGAUAAGAAGAGGAAGAAGAUGGUCGAUGAUCUGGUGGAGAGAGAAGAACAGGCCAAGAAAGCAAGAGUAGAGCAGCAACACAGGCGGCGACAGGAAGCCGACGAAGAAGCCAUCAAGGACGCUGGUAAGCGCAUGCUGGAGGAAGCCCAGAAAAAGGCAAUGGCUGCUGCUGCGGCUACCGUCGCUCCAUCCCCGGCGCCGACUACUUCCACUGAGAAGGCUGCGAGCAACGGGGAAAGUGGUCCAGACAUAACACCUGAAAGCCUCACUCUGAUCCUUAUCCUUCCCUCCACCAGCACCGUUAGCCAGCCACAGCUUCUCAAGAGUCUGACCACCUCAUAUGGUGCCGUCAACCAUCUUAUUCUUCCCGAUCCGCUCCCUUCCACCCCCGCCAUUCUGACGGAAGGAACAAAGAAGAAGAAGAGCAAGAGCCGGAAAGCUGUGGUUGAAUUUGCAAAAGGGAAUUGGGGCGGAUGCUACUCGUGUUGUAGAGACGUGGAAGAUGGAAACGUCGGGAAAUUGGGAGUAGAGGGAGCCAAAGUGAAAUGGGCUGUGGGAGAGGUUCCGAGCUGGGUUGCGUGGGCAGAGACGCAAUUGCCGAGCCGGCGGAAACCUUCAGACGCCACCGCCACCUCAUUUUCCUUCCCUUUUUCCUCUCCGUCGUCGGCCGCUACCCCGCCAUCCUUCACAUCAGCUCCGGUGUUUUCAUCCUCUACUUCGAUGGCCGAUCUGCUCGCGUCGCAUGCCAAGGAGAGGUUGUCGAAGGACGACGUGAGGCGGAGAAGGGAAGAAGCUGAGAGUAUGACCCUGUCGAGGAUGAGGAUGAUGGAGAGGGAAAAGCUGGAAGCGGAGAUCAGAAGGCAAGAAGAAGAGGACUAG